CACAUUUGUCGCAAUAAAAGCGAUCUUAGUGAGAUCAGGGCCAAUCACAGGUUGUAUUCUUCAUCGUCGGUGCGCGCGGCAUCAGGGCGCAAGCCAGUGCGGGAAGACGAAGAAAGCAACUAUGGCCGCCCCAUCUCCAAAUUCCUGGGAUCCGCUCUCGUCAGAGAACGAAGAGCCAUCUCCGCAGUGCCUGAUGCGAGUCAAAAAGGACAUCGCCGAAUUCAGAGCCCAGCCACCGUACGGUCUCUUCAUCGCUCCGCAGGAAGACGACUUGACCAAGAUCCACGCCCUGGUCGUGGGCCCCUCUGACACGCCGUACGAUGGCGGCAUCUUCUACUUCAUCUUGAAGUGCCCCUCGACCUAUCCCGUGAAUCCGCCCAAGGCGCGCAUCAUGACGACGGACGCCGGACGGGUCGAGUUCAACCCGAACCUCUACGCCUGCGGCAAGGUGUGCCUCAGCAUCCUCGGGACCUGGAUCGGGCCGCCGUGGACGCCGGCGCAGACCAUCGAGAGCGUGCUCAUCUCCAUCCAGUCGCUGCUCAACGAAAACCCUUUCGGGAACGAGCCUGGCUUCUCGUUUUUGUCGCCGCUCACGAAGGUCCUCGGCUACGAUAGCAACUACAACUCGUUCCUGCAGCACGAGACAAUGAGAGUGGCAGUGUGCGACACGGUCGAAGCGUGCCUCGACGGCACUUCGCCGUGUCCACCGGUUCUGAGGGAGCAAGUGCUCAAAACUUUCUCGGAGUCGUACGAGAAGUACGAAAAAAUGGCCACGGAACGGCUAAAUUUGACCGGUACCCCACUGCGUGAUCGAUAUUUUAACGUCAAGGGAGUGUACCAGUACAAGACGCUGUUGGCGCGACUCAAGAAUCUAAACGACAGAGUGAAGCAGCGAAACGAAGCUGCAGCGCAAAGGAAAAACGAGUAAUCUGUUAUUCGGUACGGCGGCAGCAUUGACGUGACGGACUGCGCGACGCGCCAAUGCGUGAACUUGACUACUUGAUGACGUACUGAGGCCUCGACGGCUGCGUAUGUGAGGCGGCCAUCAAGAAUGUGCGCUCUGUAUGCGCUCGUGCCAUGUUCUGUGGCUGUGGUUUACCUGUGACCCAACCGCAGUGCGAAGUCCGGAGUGCUUUUUGAACCAACGACUCUAGGCCAACGGUCACGCUCUCCAAUCGCGUCUGGAGGCUGGUCAGCGGUACUGUCUCAAGGCGGCUGGCUUCAUUGGUGAUGUGCACAAAGAACCCACGAAAUCUUUGAAUAAAUAUUCCAGAGGGAAAUGUGGCACUAGUGUUCAUGGACAUUUCUGCAGAGUUGCUUCAAACGCCCUUGGAAUAAAGGAAAACGCAUGGA